GUGGCGCCCGCCUACGCCAAGAUGGGCGAGAUGUUCGUGGCGCUGUUCCGCCGGCAGCGCUGGGCCCGCGCCGCGCUGCUCUACGCCGACGACGCGCAGGAGCGCGACUGCUACUUCGCCAUGGACGGCGUGCACGCCGCCUUCCAGGACGACGCCGCCGUCCAGCUGGCCGCGCACAGCUUCGACGAGCGCGGCCGCGCCCUCGACCCCGACGACCUGGUGCGCUCCCUGCAGGCGGCCGACAGAGGUGAGGGCGCGCCCGGCGGCCGGGCCGCACCUGGGCGGGGGUGGGGGCGCCCUGCGGGUGAGGCGGCCGCCACAGAGGACAGUGCGGUGCUCCGCUGCGCUGUCCUCUGUUGA